ACAAGUACAACCCUAAUUACGCAAUUUCCAGAAACAAGUAGGUUCUGAAUGCAUUCAAAAAUAAGGAUUUUUUAGUACAAAAGGAAGCAAUAUAAACCAUACACUGUGUAUUAUUAUUUUAUAUUUCAAUAUUCUUAUUUCCUUAAGUUACGUUAAAGGAAGAUAUAAUCUACUUUUACAGAAAACAGUGCUUCCUGUUUUACAAUUAUAUUGGAAUAAUUUAGUUGAAUGCAUCAAUAAAACCAUAAACAAGUCAUCAGGUGACUGAUUGAUUUUCUUAUGUCAACUCAAAACUCCUGUCACAUGUAGGUGAUCUAGUUUUUUGUUUACAAAAAUAUUUACGAAAACACGUAAAAAAUUGGAUUCUAUUUACGAAACUCAAAUGAGAGAUGUCCUCGUUCUUAUGCUUUAUCUGCCGCAACACAGUGAACUCUGAUACCAAUGAAGAUUCGCGAGAGAAGUACAGAGAAAUCGUCGGAAUGAACCUGUGUCCAGACUCCCAUCUGUGUUAUAUUUGUGAUCAUCUAGUAAACAAACUAUGGUCAUUUAAGUCAUUAUGUCUGAAGAGAAGUCUGGAAUACCCGGUGUUAUUCAGCGCCAAAGGUACCGUUAACUUACAAAGAAGUAUCAUAAAACCGAUAAUACUAUGUACAGAAGAAAUAUGCUCUCGAACAGGCGGACACAAUUUAUAUAUAGAUAACAAAGAUCAAAGUAUAAACAGCCAAGAUUAUAUAAAACUCGAAGAUGACCGCGAUGACUAUGACGCUAAUGAUUUUUUUCAUGAAAAUACUGUUAAAGAAGCUGAAAAAUGUACAAAUGAUCGUUUAGAAACGAUUGGUGAUGAACUGUUUAACAACGAUGGUGAAACAUUUAAUAACGGUGGCGAAAUGUUUAAUUACGGUGGUGAAACUUACAAUAACGAUGGUGAAACGUUUAAUAAUGAUAGUGAAUUAGAUAAUAUUAAUACAGAACAAAUACAAGAAGAUAAUGUAACAAAUAAUUAUGAAAAUAACGAUUUAAAUGCUAAUAAUGUUGGUAUGUCUUCUGAAUUUUAUGCCGAAGAGAAAAAUGAGUGUUUAAAUGAAAUUAGAAAUGAAUGUGCUGUUCAAGAAGUUGAAGAAGAGGCUGACAGUAAAACAGACAAAAACUCGCCAAAAACUAAAAGCAAAGCGUUCGAGAAGAUCCUUCUGUCUUUCGAGGAGCAGAAGGCAGAAUUAGAACAGCAGAGAAGGAACAAGAAGUAUUUAGAAGCAGAGUUCAAAUGCUAUAACUGUGCGCUCGGGUUCCUGUUUAAGGAUACUUACCAGACCCACAUGAUGAGGCAUGAGGAGGAAGAAAAAGAUUCAAGUGGUCUACAUCAACAUUUGAAAAGGUUUCAUAUGACACGACCCGGGAACCGAACCUACUCGUGCAGCGUUUGUGGGAAGAAUUAUAACAACCAAGCCGCUGUUAGAACGCAUAUGAUAAAGCAUAUACACCGGAAAUUUUCAUGCGAUCAAUGUACUUCGAUAUUUAGUAGUCCAUAUACGCUAUCUCAACACAAGAAGAAACAUGUUCAGACAGAAGAGAGCAAGGAAUUCUUCUGUGAGACGUGUGGACUAUCAUAUUCCACGAGAAAGAGUCUUCUGGCUCACCAGAGACAGUCUCUGAAUCAUCAGAGUCGAUCAUUUGAAUGUCCAAUCUGCAAUAGGACGUGUCCAAAUGAGAAAUCUUUGGCUUCACACAUUUCGGCCGUGCAUUCAACCAGCAAAGACUUCAGUUGUUCAACGUGCAGUGCUCGAUAUACGAACAGAAAGUCUUUAGUUCGACACAUAAGAUCACAUACUAACCCUACGCCUAUAAAACUAGCCUACUGUCAUAUAUGUGGAAAUAGUUUUAAAGUAAGUACCUGUAGGUAACUGUACAAACUAUGCAAUCUAUUUACAUCUGAAAAUGAACCUAAAAACUACCAC